UGUUUUGUAGUUUUUUGGUGGCAGCCGGUAGCCACUAGCGAGCAACCCAAGAAAGGUGGAGACUCCUGCCCAACUUCCUGCACAAUACUCUUGAAGCGCCGCCAGGAGAGAAGAAGGACGAAUGGAUCUACGGCUCACUUGACCGUUCUCUUUUUUUUCCUGACUAAAAUCGCCUUGUCGUCGUUAAUCUGCCAUCCGCCAUAUCUACCUGGCGUGUAGCUAGCUAACUGGAUCAACCAUUGGCGACGUUUGAUUAGCAAAGGACGGACGAAAGGAAUGGAGGUUUUGGUGGAGUACGACUAUGACGCGCUCCAUGAAGAUGAGCUGACCUUGCGACAGGGUGAUAUCAUAAAGAACGUGUGCUGCAUACAGGAGGAUGGCUGGAUGGAAGGAGAUCUCAACGGUAAAAGAGGACUCUUUCCUGACAACUUUGUAAAGGAAGUAAAGAAGGAGGCCAAGGAAACAAAACAUGAACACAAAGAGGAAUCUUCUCAGCCUGUGAAGAGGGAGAAAUCUGCAGGGACGGUGGCCAACCUGGUUCAGAGGAUGAGCACCAUCGGCAUCCCUACUGGGGGCUUCCAGCCGCGACCCGCAGCGCCCAUAAAGAAGCCGAAGAAGAGACAGUGCAAAGUGUUGUUUGAAUAUCAGCCGCAGAACGAAGAUGAGCUGGAGCUGAAAGUCGGGGACAUCGUCGAGAUCACCGAAGAGGUUGAAGAGGGCUGGUGGAGCGGAGUCCUAAACGGCAAGUCAGGGCUUUUCCCGUCCAACUUUGUCAAAGAAGUGGAUGUCACGAAAGACGAUGGAGACUCAAACGACACCACACCGGAUGAGGCUGACGGAAAUGGUGUAGAAACGACCCAAUCGUCGCCUCAAUCCGCUUUAGGCAACGGCGCUAUUGUCCAGCCCAAGAAAGUCCAACGUAUCGGUUAUGGAAAUAUUUUCAAAGAAGGGUCAGUAAAAUCAAGGAUCCGAAUUCCCAACUUGGAAACAGAGGAGAAAAAGGACAACCCAACCCCUUCAUUCCCAUCAGUCGCAAAGCCCGCCUUUCCCAACAUGACAGACUUGCAGCGGGGGGACGGAGAGAGCAACGCCAAAGCUAAAGAGCUCUGUAAAGCCACCUUUGCUUUUGAGUCCACAAAUGAGGAUGAGCUGACCUUGCACGAGGAUGACAUCAUCACUAUUAUAAGCAAGGACACAGGAGAGCCUGGGUGGUGGCGAGGGGAGAUCGGCAGCAGAGAAGGCGUCUUUCCUGACAAUUUUGUCGUCAUGCUAUCGGAGUCAGAGAAAGAGGCUCACAUUGGGAGAGGGUCACGUAAAUCCUCACUGAAGCAAGACUCCGAAGAGAAACCCAAGAAGCCUCCUCCACCAUCAAAAACCAUAGCUCUCAAACCAGAGGUUCCCAGUGCGGACAAGAAGCCGCAUCUCAGGCCUGAGGACAAAGUUGACAAGCCUCUGCCAGAUCCAAAACCAUCCAAGCCUGUGGCGCCACUCCCGCCCAAAAAGCCAGUGCCCCUUCCAGGCAAAGGCAAGCAGGCAAACCUCCCACCAAAGAGGCCGGACAAACCUCUCACUCCAUCGCCAAAUCAGAAACACAAUGGUGAGGUGCCUUCAUCUCGUCCAAAGCCAGACUUGGAGCUAUCGCUUCCCCCAAAACCCAAAUCCUCCGGGGACACAGGAGACAAAGACUCAAAUCUAAUGAGUUUUGAUGAGGUGUCAUCGAGCUCGGAAAAGCUCUCUCACCCCACCGUUAACAGACCAAAGAUUACCGGCCGGAGGUUACCUGCCCAAUUUGGCGGAGGACAGUCGCCCAACAAGGAUGUUGUUGUGGAGAAAUCCUUUAAGAUGGACGAGGAAGACUCCGCCAAACUAAAGCCUGCAGAAUCCAGGAAGUCUUCCGCACACCUGUCCCCUUCGCCGUCAUUCCACAAGCUCAGCGUUGACUCCAAACCCGGCCCAGGAGCCUUGACCUUAAGUUCAGACAGCGGUGCUCCGGCAAGAGAGGAUCCAAAAUCCCAGAUGGAAGAUCUUCGGAGUCAGAUGAAGGACCUGCUGUUGUCGGUGGAGCUGUUCAAGGCUCAGCAAAUGAAAGAGAUCGCAGAGCUGCGUGGAGAGCUGGAUGAGGAAAAGCUAAAGCGUCUGGCUCUGCAGAUGGAGCUAGAUAAAUUAAAGAUGGCAGUCCACUCGACGUGAAUAUGAGCUCAAGGUGGAUGCCUCAAGGUCAGCUGCCGGCCUGGCGACCAACCAGUGCGCCGGUUUGAAGGUCGCGGGAUGCCCAGCGGACAGUUGAAUGGACAGAGGGUGCAAUCAUUUUCACAUCUCCAAAAUUAAAAACUCCCCGUCUUUGUAAGAGUAACAUUUUUGCACAUAUAUAUUUUUCUUUCAAGUUUGAUGUAAUUAAAUUACAGAUGUAUAUGAUUUUUUUUUUUUUUUUUUGC